AUGAUGCCUAAAAGAUGGUUAUGUAGUGCAGUGAUUGUUCGUUUAGAUCUUCGUUUUGGUUUCACGGGGGUGGUUGUGCUACUUCUAUUUUUCCAUUGUUUACUCAUCUCACAGUUCCAUCGUAACCGUUAUGAGGACUUGGCAUUCUGUCCAAAAGCAGAUGGUAGAUUACUUCGUGGUCAAAGAUCAUACCAGGAAUGUACAGGUUCUGGUAAACUUUGUCUGUUUUUAUGCUUUGCAAUCUUUCGUGUAACCCUUAAAAUGCAAUACUUAGAAAAGUCUCUUCAUUUACUCAUUAGGGAAAAAUGGGCGACUCACUUCAUUUUUCAACCUCCCACUCUAGUUGUAUUUCCGUCUAAUUCUUUUCCUUACUUUCCAUGUUCUUUACUCACUCCAGAACAUCCUAACUGUUUUCACACUCUCUUGCAAAUAUUGGACCACCUUUACUUAAAUCUAUUCUUUUGGGAAUGUUUAGCGUUUCUGGAAAAGGAUGAUGAAUUAUGGAUUGCAGCAAGUUUCUUUGACGUUCCUUACUCUCCAACGUUUUCAUUUUCUCCCACCACUUUGCUAUCCUACAGAAAACACCCACUGGAUUUACUCGAGCUAGCAGUAAUCAAAGGGAUUGAAGCAUCACCGAGAGACAAACAUGCAAAGAGUAGUUAG